AUGUUCUUGACGUACGUCGUGCGACCUGGAGAAGCGCCCGAAGGGCGCGGCCCACAGCUGGAGCCCUUCUGGUAUUUCAUGGUGAACUACAACUUGAGGCUUGGUUUCCUCAUCCAGCUGGCCGCUUACAUGGGGAUCCUUUUCACCAUUUCAUCCAGCGGAAGCGACUGCCUGUCUGUGAUCCGUUUCUUUCGCGCCAGUCCUGAGGCGGUCGGCCAAACCCCGGUCUGGGUCGUCCAGCUCUGCUGCGGUGUGUUCAUCCUGGGCUCUCUGAUGACCAUGGCCUUCCAGUCGCUAGUCGACGACGAUAGCAGCAUCAAGCAGUCCCGCGGGUAUCGUUCCGGCACCAAAUUCCUCCAGUUCGGCUCAUCAUUCGCUGUGAUUUGCUGGAUUCUCUCACUCCUCGUUUUCUACGCCGCUAACUACUACUUCGACGACCCCUGGAUGCAGAAGCAGCUCGGCGCCGGUUCCACAUGGAUCACCUUCUUCACUGCUCGCCUCUGUGACGCAUUCGCCUUGGUAUUCAUGGGCGCGGGAAUCUUCUUCCUCGAGGUCUACCACUCUGAAGGCGCGGGAGAGGCCUGGGGUUGGCUGUGUGCGCUGUGCUUCAAGCUCACUGCCCUUAUUGAGGUCAUCGGCCUGACUGCCUUCGGUACCGAGAACUUCAGAGUCGUGGACGCCAUGUACACCAUCAUGCUCGGCGUUUCUCUUUCCCUCGGCUUGGUCUGGGCUCUUCUCUUCGAGCCUGUGUCUCACCGCUUCGAUGUGAAACUCACUCAGUCUGCUAUGAGAAAUGAAUAUUACAAGUCGCGGAACGCCAUGGCGUACUAUGGCCCCGCCGUUGUGAACGCUGAUGGAGAGGUCGAUAUUGCCGCUGCCGCCGAACAGGUUCAGGCCUGCCUCUCUUGCACAGCUUGA